GGUUUCAUCGUUUCAUUUGAUGGUACAAGGUAUUGGCAAUGGAAAUGGCUUUCCUUUUCGGUUGCUGAAGUCUAAUAAAGUGUGAUAAAGGCUUCAUAAUGUCCGUUAGUAGUGCUUGCAGUACAGAUUCCUAGCGUGUUCUACAUUUUUUUUUAUAUUUGAGAUAUUCCUCUUUCUUUGCAGUUAAGAAACCCACCCCCCCCCCUCCAAACUUUACUACACUCCUUUUUAAUUUUGUUUUUGUGGGUUCUUUCAAAGGGUGAAAGCUGGAAAUCAGUUUCUAACUUUCUAUGUUUAGUACAUGUAUUCAUAGGAAAAUAUGGAACGUAACGCUUCAACUUCAAGUGAGCAGAGUGUUGUAACUAGAAAAAAUGUGAGUUUCAUUGAUAAUGUGUUUUCAUGGUCUCUUGAAGACAUUUUCAAUGAUGAUCUUUAUAAGGAUCAGGUGGUAAAGAUUCCAGAUGCAUUUCCAUCUACGGAACAAUAUCUUGGGUCGUAUGUUUUCCCUUUGUUGGAAGAGGCUCGAGCAGCAAUGCAUUCAUCUAUGGAAAUUAUAGCUAGAGCGCCAUAUGCUGUAGUAACAUAUCUUCAUGAGACAAAGCCACAUGGAAAAUUAUUAUUUGAUGUGAAAGUUGAUUACUGGAAAAACAGGUUCAGUGAUCGUGAGAAGGAACCAUACAAAACGUUGCCUGGAGAUGUUAUUGUUGUAGCAGAUGCUAAACCUGAAACUGCUUCUGAUUUACAAAGGGUAGGAAGAAGCUGGACAUUUGCAUUAGUCACUUAUAUUUCAGAGGUUUCAGAGGAUGACAAUGAGGAUAAUAGAUCAUCUACUAUCUUCAAAGUGAAGGCUCUGGAAGACCUUGCAUCCAAAGAUGACUUGCAGAAAUCACUAUUUGUAGUUUUCUUGAGGAAUGUAACCACAAACAGACGAAUAUGGAGUGCAUUGCACAUGAAGGGAAACUUAAAGAUUAUCAAAGAAGUUUUGCGCGCUGCUUCUACGGUAGAAGAAAGCUGCAGUCUCUGUUCCUCUGAGAUUGGUGGAACCUGGAAUGAUAUUUUUCUGACAAGUUUCCUAUCUCAACUGAAUGAAUCUCAAAAGAAGGCAGUUUUGGUUUGUCUUCGCAAAAUGCAGUGCAGCCACAAGUCUCACGUGGAACUUAUUUGGGGCCCACCUGGAACUGGGAAAACUAAAACUAUUAGUUUGCUGCUGUUAACUCUGUUGAGAAUGAAGUACAGGACACUCACUUGUGCCCCAACAAACAUUGCAAUUACAGAAGUAGCUGCACGUGUAUUAAAGAUGAUAAAAGAAGUUAAGAAAACAUGCUAUGUAGCAGAUGAUCCAUUUUGUUCCUUGGGAUUGGGAGACAUCCUCUUAUUUGGCACUAAAGAGAGACUUAAAGUUAAUUCUGAGAUUGAAGAAAUAUUUCUGGAUUAUCGUGUAAAAAAGCUUACUGAGUGCUUUGGGCCGCUGGGUUGGUGGCAUUGUUUUACUUCGAUGAUAACUUUUCUGGAAGGUUGUGUCUCUCAGUACCAUGUUUUCUUGGAAAAUGAAUCAAUCAAAGAGAGGGAACAUGGUAGUGAAAAUGAAAACCGAGAGAAAGAGUGUUGUAGUGAAACUGAUUAUAAGAAGGUGAGACACGGAUCAUUUCUUGAAUAUGCAAGAGAAAGAUUUACCCAUACAGCAUUGCCACUGAGAAAAUGUGUCUCAAUUUUAUAUACUCAUAUCCCCGAAGUCUACUUUCUGGAAAAUAAUUUCCAAGACCUUAAAACUCUUUUAGGCCUGCUUGAUUCUUUUGAAACUUCGCUGUUUCUUGAUGAUUUGGUUUCAGAAGAAGUGGAGAAGCUCUUUUUAUAUUCAAGGGAUGAUAAAUUGCUUCUGGAAAAUUUUUCUGAUGCAUCACUCCUCUUGUGCUCGGUAAGAGGCCAGUGUCUAUCUAUUUUGAAGUCCCUCCGUGAUUCUCUUACUGAACUUAAACUAUCAAGUGCGAGGGACAAGGAUUCCAUAAUAGAAUUCUGCUUUCAAAGAGCGUCGUUACUCUUUUCCACUGCAUGCAGUUCCUAUAAACUCUAUAAGGUUAAAAUGAAUCCACUGAAUGUGUUGGUAAUUGACGAAGCAGCACAAUUGAAAGAAUGUGAAUCAGCCAUACCCUUGCAACUGCCAGGUAUAGCACAUUCCAUUCUAAUUGGUGAUGAACGGCAAUUGCCUGCUACAGUUCUAAGCAAUGUUUCUGAUAAAGCUGGCUUUGGAAGAAGUUUAUUCCAAAGGUUGAGUACAUUGGGUCACUCAAAGCACCUACUGAAUAUUCAGUACAGAAUGCAUCCAUCAAUCAGUUGCUUUCCAAAUGCAAGGUUCUAUAAUAACCAGAUUUUGGAUGCAUCAGGUGUUAAGCAUAAGAGAUAUGAGAAACAUUAUCUUCCAUGGCCGAUGUUUGGUCCCUAUUCCUUCAUAAAUGUCUCUGGAAGAGAAGAAGUGGAUGAUGUUGGACGUAGCCAUAGAAAUAUGAUUGAGGUAGCUGUUGUGUGGAGGUUGCUGCGAACUCUGUUCAAUGCAUGGGAUGGCUCAAGGGAGAAGCUCAGUGUUGGCAUAAUAUCUCCCUAUGCUGCUCAGGUUGUUGCAAUUCAGGAUAAACUUGAUGGGAAGUACGAGAAAACUGAUGGCUUUGCAGUGAAGGUGAAGACAGUUGAUGGAUUCCAGGGUGGUGAGGAAGAUAUUGUCAUAAUAUCAACUGUGAGAUCAAAUAGUUCAGGAACAAUUGGGUUCAUAUCCAAUUCUCAAAGAACAAAUGUUGCUCUUACAAGGGCUAGGCAUAGCCUCUGGAUUUUGGGGAAUGGAAGUACACUGGCCAAGCGUAAAUCUGUGUGGCAGGCAUUGGUUCAUGAUGCAAAGGCACGUCAUUGUUUCUUUAACGCUGAUGAAGACAAGGAACUGGCAAAAGCUAUUUUAGAUGCCAAGAAAGAAUUUUGUCAACUUGAUGACUUGCUUAAUCGGGACAGUGUUCUCUUCAAAAACGCUAGGUGGAAGGUUCUUUUCAGUGAUUACUUUAGAAAGUCAUUUGGGAAGCUGAAAUCUGUCCAGACCCAGAAACUAGUUUUAAACCUUCUAUUAAAACUUUCAAGUGGCUGGCGACCUAAGAAGAGAAAUGUGGAUUUAAUUUGUGAAAGCUCCUCUAUGGUCUUAAAACAGUUCAAGGUUGAAGGUCUUUAUAUUGUCUGCUCAAUUGAUGUAGUGAAGGAGCAGAGGUACACUCAAGUAUUGAAGGCUUGGGACCUCUUACCAUUAGAAGAUAUUGAGAGAUUGGUUAAGCGCCUUGAUGGUAUCUUCAAAAUGUAUACUGAUGAUUUUAUCAGUCAUUGCAAUGAGAAAUAUCUGGAAGGGGAUUUGGAAGUUCCCAAAACUUGGACAAUAUCAUUUGAUAUUAUCAGAUAUAAGACCCUUAGCCAAGAUGAAAGAGAGCACAGUUCAAACAGCAGUGCUUCAGAUGGUAGAUGUUAUUUAGAAAACUCAAAAGUGAGUGAGAGCUUGUUGUUGAUGAAAUUCUACUCUUUAUCAUCGGGUGUUGUGAACCAACUUCUUUCUGAUCGGAAUGGAAGAGAACUAGAACUUCCAUUUGAGGUGACCGAUCAGGAACUUGAUAUAAUUUUAUUCCAAAGAAGCUGUUUUAUACUAGGAAGAUCAGGCACUGGGAAGACUACUGUUCUGACCAUGAAGUUGUUUAAGAAAGAGCAAUUACACCAUUUAGCAACUGAAGGAUUUGAUGAAGUCAACCCAAAUACGUCAAAUGAAGUCUGUCGGGAAGACAGAAUCAUGGGUGGUGUUGGAGAGACUGAAGCAACUCCACUGCGCCAACUUUUUGUAACAGUCAGUCCUAAACUUUGUUAUGCUGUGAAACAUCAUGUUCUUCAAUUGAAAAGGUUUGCCAGUGGAGGAAACUAUUCUGAAGGGAGUGCCUUGCAAGAUGAGGAUGAUAUUGAUGGUGCAGCACAAUUCAAGGAUAUUCCCGAUUCAUUUGUUGAUAUUCUUCCUAAAGCAUACCCUCUCGUUGUAACUUUACAGAAGUUUCUGGUCAUGCUUGAUGGAACAGUUGGUAGCUCGUUUUUUGAGAAAUUCUAUUAUGCUAGGGAGCUAUCAAAUUGGCAAGUUGGAAAGGCAUCAGUUUCCUUAAGAAAUUUUAUAAGAAUAAGGGAGGUAAAUUAUGAAAAGUUUUGUUCAACUUACUGGCCCCAUUUUAAUGAGAAGCUGACAAAAAAACUUGACUCAUCCAGAGUCUUCACAGAGAUAAUGUCUCGUAUAAAAGGUGGCUUGAGAUCAGGGGAUUCUUGUGAUGGGAGACUCGAUGAGGAGGAUUAUAUCAAAUUAUCUGAGGGUCGGGCGUCAACCUUAAGUAGACAUGAGAGACAAGUGAUAUAUGAUAUAUUCCAAGAUUAUGAAAAAAUGAAAGGAGAAAAAGGCGAGUUUGAUAUGGCUGAUGUUGUGAUUGAUCUUCAUCAUCGACUUCAAAAUGAAAGGUAUGAGGGUGAUAUAAUGGAUUUUGUUUAUAUCGAUGAGGUGCAAGAUCUUACAAUGAGGCAGAUUGCUCUUUUCAAACAUGUUUGCAAAAAUGUAAGUGAAGGCUUUGUUUUCUGUGGGGAUACAGCACAAACUAUUGCCAGGGGUAUUGAUUUCAGGUUUGAAGAUAUACGAUCCCUUUUUUACAAUGAGUUUGUUUUGGAAUCAAAAUGUAAAACAAAUGAUGGGAAAAAGGAGAAAGGUCAAAUAUCUAAAAGUUUUCACUUGAGCCAGAACUUUCGUACACAUGAUGGUGUCCUAAGGUUAGCGCAGAGUGUCAUUAACCUUCUUUACCAUUUCUUUCCUUCAUUUGUGGAUAUUUUAUGCCCGGAAACUAGUCUCAUAUAUGGAGAAGCCCCGAUUUGGCUUGAAUCUGAGGAUAAAGACAAUGCAGCUGCAGCAAUAUUCAGGAACAAUGGUAAUGUCGGGGGACGUAUAGUUGGAUUUGGAGCAGAGCAGGUCAUAUUAGUACGAGAUGAUCUUGCUAAGAAUGAAAUUUUGAAGUUUGUUGGCAAGCAAGCUCUUGUUCUGACUAUACUGGAAUGCAAAGGUUUAGAGUUUCAGGAUGUAUUAUUGUACAACUUUUUUGGUUCAUCACCUUUAAAGAAUCAGUGGAGAGUUGUAUAUGAAUACAUGAAGGAGCAAGGCUUGCUUGAUGCAAAUUGCUCAUUUCCAAGUUUCAAACAGUCAAAACACAACAUUUUGUGUUCUGAAUUGAAGCAGUUAUAUGUUGCUAUCACCCGCACAAGGCAAAGACUGUGGAUUUGUGAAAAUGUAGAAGAGUUUUCCAAGCCGGUGUUCGAGUACUGGAAGAAGAAGUGCCUUGUUCAAGUUAGGAAGCUGGAUGAUUCACUUGCUCAAACAAUGCAAGUUGCAAGCAGUCCAGAAGAGUGGAAGUCACGUGGUCAUAAGCUGUUGCAUCAGGGUAACUAUGUGAUGGCAACAAUGUGCUUUGAAAGAGCACAUGAUUUGUAUGGGGAAAAACUGGCGAAGGCUUUUGGACUUAGGGCAGAUGCUGACCAGUUGCAUGGUUUAAAUCCUGAAAGGGCUUCUACAGCCAGGAGGCAGGCUGCUGAAAUUUUUUAUUCUAUUGGCAAGGCUGAGCUUGCUGCAGAUUGCUUUUACAUGUUAAUGGAGUAUGAAAAAGCAGGUGCAAUUCCAUUUUCCCCCUUCAUACCUCGUUUAAGUUAAUUUCUUGAUAAACAUGAACUUGAAGUGCUAAAAUCUACUGCUCAGACAUUCUAUAAUUCCUAUAGUUGUUUUCCAAAAGACAUUUUCUUUCUUCUGCUGUGUUGAAUAACAUCUUCCUACUGAGUAAGAGAGAAAGAAAAAGAUUCUUUGAUUGCAGCCUUUAGAUUAUAUGCAAAUGAG